CAUUUAAAUUUCAACAAUAAUAAAAUUGUUUUAACUUUUACAUAUUUAAAAUCCACACAAAAUCAACUGGAUGUUUGUAUACAGGGUUUUCUAACGAGGGAUUAGGAAGGCAAGUAAUUGAUAAUUGAGUGAAGCGAAAGAGUAUCUACCGAUCAGCCACGGCAGCCAAUCAACCAGAUAUUUAAAAUUGCUACAGACAUGAGCCUUUAUCUAUCUAAUUUAUUAGUGUUCCAACCAAUAAGUCAUUUAUCUGAAGCAAUAUUAUCUAUGACUAAGAAUAACUAAAGCUUCCUAUAUAAUUCAUAUAAUUGGAGGAAGUGGUGGCGCUUUAGUCAUUAGAAACCAUUUUUGCGAACUCACGCUGCUGACAUAUGUGCCGCUGUCAAAUUGUAUUAAGAAGUGUCACGCAAUUCGUGCAGAUUUCAUUCGCUUAAUGAAACUCUGCUUUUGCUAAAUUAAAUAUUGUGAAGUUAUACAAAUUAGCUAUAAUCUAAAAUGUCUGGAAGAGUUGCAGCUGUAUUAUUUGCUAGGAAAAGCCAUUUUGUAGCAGCUUUGCCAAAAAACUUACACAUUAACGAAAUUAUGGCCAACGGUGUGCUGCCACAUAAAUCCAUAGCCAUGUGCAGACUUUACGGCUCUGAGACUUCCGCUGAAAAAACUAAAGUAGCACAAACAGAAGCAGCCCCACCAAAUACCGGUAAAGUAGAAGCCGUGGACAAAUUAGCACAUGAGGUAGAACAUAUUACGAAAGAGCUCAAUGAACUCAAAGCGAAAAAUGAUGAUAUCCUAGAUAAGUACAAACGUGCACUUGCUGAUGGUGAAAAUUUACGUGUCCGGUUGACUAAACAAAUUGCAGAUGCAAAGGUUUUUGGUAUUCAAAGUUUUUGUAAGGAUCUGCUUGAAGUUGCUGAUACGUUAGGACAUGCUACCGCUGCCGUACCUAAAGAUGCAGUAAACGAUAAAAACCCACAUCUUAAAAGUUUAUUUGAGGGUCUCAAUAUGACGCAAGCAUCAUUAAUGCAGGUCUUUAAGAGACAUGGACUUGAACCAAUGGAUCCCAUUAAUCAGAAAUUUAACCCCAAUUUUCAUGAAGCUUUAUUCCAAAAGGUGGAUACAACUGUUGAGCCGAACACUGUUGUGGAAGUGACCAAAUUAGGUUAUAAGCUGCACGAACGUUGCAUACGACCUGCUCUUGUCGGUGUAUCAAAACAAUCAUGAAAUGGUUGUUGUUGAUCUUAGUUUAGGACUAAUAUAGAAAAUUAAAUUCCUUUGUAAAAGAGAGCAAAACUUGUAGUGUUAACUCAAAUAUGUCGCUUGUAUUAUUUCGAGAUUCUUCUUGCGACAUAAAUCGAAAAAUGUAAGAAACGCAUAUUUUGACUUGAUUUGUAUUAAAAAAAUUAAAAGUAUGUUA